UUUCUGAAAGUUAGCCACUGAAGCCAUUUCUCCUUUGAGUCAUCUUGUAAUUUCCAGCUUUCUCCCUGCUAAAGAAAUGAAGAUAUUUAGUGUUGGGGGUCCCCGGCCCCUCAACUUCCUAUGGAACCCAGCAGUUCUGUUGACCCGCGCUAUCCUAGAUGAAUUAAGACAGUUAAAUACUGUGUGGAACUUUUAUUAGAUAACACUUAAAGGAAGUCAGUACAUAAAACUGCCCGGUGCUGUGUUCGUCAGUCGUUUACAUGUUGGUGUGAGAACAGAAACCUUUGUGGGAGCGGUUAGCCCGGAAAGGGCUCCAGUUUAUGCGGAUUUAGAGUAGUAAUACAUUUUGGUGUUACGCAGAUACUUUCCAGCCCAGGCUCUUUCCUCAACCCUGCCAAGACUUCUCCCGGGAUCCCCAGUACGAAAGCCCCGUCCCCACUCCCAAUAGGGGCCCGGCCGCUGCGUGUCGGGCCACCAGACCUUAACCGGAUGUACGGGUCUGGGCUUUUUUGUUUGACCUUUAACCUGACCCGUGGGUGUUCGGGGCCUGCCGGUCUGGGGCGCGCGCGUGCGGUGACCGUUGGCAGGGUCGGCGUCGCAGCGCUGCGGGUGAGAACAAGGACUCGUCUGCCUACCUGUCAGAGGGCGGGCCGCGAGUUGCGGGGUAGGGCUGGCGGCCUGGGAGCCCCGGUGGGGCGGUAGGCCGUGGCGGGGCGGGCUAGGAAGCUGUGGGAGGGGAGGCGGGGCGGGGCGUUCAUGGAGCUUCUGGCAGAUCGCGGGUUCCUCCGCGAGAGCAGAGUACCGCCUACUCCAAGAGGAAAGCCGGAGGGUUGUGGGUCCUGCUAUAGCUAGGGCCACGCUCCAGGAAAUCGUGGCCAUUUCGGGGUGGUUUACAGCCUCAUUUGUAACAUCAUUCUUGUGUUGCCCUGUGCAUUUCCAAUGCAUUACAUAAAGACAUGGUCGCUUUUAGGAGAAAUGUCUGAAAAACUAAGAAGAUGCAGAAAGGAACUGACUGCAGCCAUUGACCGGGCCUUUGAAGGAGUCAGUAAUUCCCAGGAGUGCACAGGCCAGCAGAGGCUGGAGCUGGGCCCCGCUCCGCUUUCCUUCUCGCUGCCCGUGCACAGGGUCCUCUGCAGAAGACAUCCUCUGGCAGCAUUCUCCUCUGCUGCUCCUUUUGCUGCUGUCUCCUGUGCUCCUGAGAAUGAGAACCCUGCCUUUGCACCAAACCGUGUCUCGGUAAAUGCAAAACCACACGCUCUGUGCCCUGAGAGAAAACCUCUGACCAGCAAGGAAAAUGUAUUGAUGCAUUCCUCCAUUUUGGCACCUGAGAGUGAGUUUCGGAGAACUGCAGGAGAGGGGACAAACUGGAGAAAAGACAGUUUCAGGAAAGAUAUGGAGAGAGAUUUGAAGGCUGACUCAAACAUGCCACUCAACAAUUCUAACCAAGAGGUCACAGAGGAUCUGCUUGAUAUGAUUGACCAUACAAGCAUCCGAACUAUUGAAGAAUUGGCUGGAAAGAUAGAAUUUGAAAACGAAUUGAACCACGUGUGUGCUCAUUGUCAAGAUUCAUCCUUCAAGGAGGAAGCCUGGGCCCUGCUUGUGGACAAGAGUCCUCAGAAGGCCUCAGAUACUGACCCUGGCAGCCUCAAACAGGCUUUUGAUGAUCAUAAUAUCAUUGAGACUGUUCUGGACUUGGAAGAGGACUACAAUGUGAUGACCUCUUUUAAAUAUCAAAUUGAGUAAGGACAGUUGAUCUAAGCCUUACAGCAGGAGGCAGCUCUUGAGCCUGAGCAGAGGCAGCCACAAUGGCCAUCAAGGGCCACAUUUCUCAAAAAGUUGGCAGAACCUGAAUUACCAGACUGUUUUUAACUCCCAGUUGUGUCCCUUUUUAAGCUGUGAGACCAGUUUUUGAAUGCUAUUUCUUUGAAGUGUUUCCUAUUGUUAUUAUUUUUUUACUUGACAUCUUGAAUGUGUUUUUUUGAUUGAUGUUCAGUAUACCCAGUAUCCAAGGUAGGUGUGGGUUGUGGG